AUCUGUUUUUCGUUGAACAUUUAAAAAGAAACAGAAGAAGACAAUUAUGUACAUAGGCAUGUUCCUGCAUUGUGCUACUUGUUGCCAAACGGAUUUCUAGUUUUCUUGUCCACGUGCUGUUUGCUUAAUAAUACAAUAAAAAUGUCGAAUAAAAUUCACAUAAACCAGGAGGAUGAUGAUGUUGACGAUGUAUGCACUGAUUCUGAAAAUGAAUAUAGUGAGGAGGAGAAGGAAUUAUUGGAGGAAGUUCGGACCUCUUAUCGAAAAGAGAAAACACGGAAAAAUGAAAUUAUGACGUUUAAUGAAAGCGAUGAGGAAAAUAAUUUGAACGAUGACGAUUUGGGAUUGCAUGAUAGUGAUAUAGAAGGUGCCGAGCAAAAUGACGACGAUUUACCCGAUACAAAAUAUUGGGGUAAAAGUAGCCGCAACUAUUAUAAUACAGAUUUUAUUGAUCAAGAUUACACUUCCUACAAUGAGAGAGAAGAGGAAUUGGCCGAAUUUGAAGCGGAAGAAGCGAAAAGUAUUCAGCAACGCUUGGUAAAGGAACUAAAAGAGGAGGAUUUUCUCUUAGACGCUACAACAAGUACAUCGAAAGAUCAAGCCGAUGAUCGAAAACUUGAGGAUUCUGAAACCGUGCCACUGAUAUCCGAUUUUUCUGGAUUAACGAAAAGAGAACGUUUACAAUUGUUUGAAAAGGACUCCCCAGAGUUCGCUGGCAUAGUGGGUGAUCUUGAGGGUUAUUUAGAAGAAAUGCAGAAUAUACACAAUCCAGUUCUUGAAUACGUCGUCAAUAAUAACGUUCCUAUGAUACCGGCCUUAAAAUUUGCAAAAUUUUAUCAGAACCUUGCGUUGACCUAUUGCAACAAUUUAAUGUUUUAUCUACUGCUCAAGGCAAAGAGGGUAUCCAUUCAGAACCACCCUAUUGUCCAAAGAUUAAAUCAGAUGAAAAAACUGCUAAAAAAAUUGGCUGACAAGCACGAGAACAUAAUUAAACCUCAACUAGAAGCACUUCUAGAACGGAUAGAAGAUGGUGACGUAUUCGAAGUACUAGAAGUCCAACCUGAGCUCCACAAACUUGAAGUAAAUAAUUGUAAGAAAAACACAAGCGUAAAUCGAGUUAAUCAGCAAGGGAUGGAGACUGAUUUAGAAAGCAACGACUCAAACGAAAAUUUAAAUGAAGGCGAUGAUCAUGAAGAGGAAAAUCCCGGUGAUGAGAUUCUUCGCAGAGGUAUAACUUAUCAAAUGGCCAAAAAUAAAGGACUUACGCCACAUCGUAAAAAGGAAUUGCGUAAUCCUCGAGUUAAACAUCGUAGUAAAUAUCGGAAAGCGUUGAUUAGGCGUAAAGGCGCCGUGCGAACCGUUCGAAAGGAGUCUACACGGUAUAGUGGAGAAAUAUCUGGCAUAAAGGCCACAGUUAGCAAGAGCAUUAAAUUUAAAUCAUGAAUACAUUAAAAAUGUCAUUU